AAGGGUGCGAGGCUGGACGGGCAGUGCCCGUGCCGGUCCUGUCCACAGGGAGCUCCAGCCUGUCUCUGGACUCAGCUGCAGAAAGCCCGCCACCAUGUCGGACGAGGAAGUGGAGCAGGUAGAGGAGCAGUACGAGGAGGAAGAGGAGGCCCAGGAGGCUCAGGAGGAAGAAGAAGUCCAGGAAGAGGAGAAGCCGAGACCCAAACUCACUGCUCCCAAGAUCCCGGAAGGGGAGAAAGUAGACUUCGAUGACAUCCAGAAGAAGCGGCAGAACAAAGACCUCAUGGAGCUGCAGGCUCUCAUCGACAGCCACUUUGAAGCGCGCAAGAAGGAGGAGGAAGAGCUGAUCGCGCUCAAGGAGAGAAUCGAGAAGCGCCGCGCCGAGAGAGCCGAGCAGCAGAGGAUCCGCGCGGAGAAGGAGAGGGAGCGUCAGAACCGGCUGGCGGAGGAGAAAGCCCGCAGGGAGGAGGAGGACGCCAAGAGGAGGGCUGAGGACGACCUGAAGAAGAAAAAGGCCCUGUCCUCCAUGGGCGCCAACUACAGCAGCUACCUGGCCAAGGCUGACCAGAAGAGAGGCAAGAAGCAGACAGCCCGGGAGAUGAAGAAGAAGGUCCUGGCAGAGAGACGCAAGCCACUCAACAUUGACCAUCUCAGCGAGGACAAGCUGAGGGACAAGGCCAAGGAGCUGUGGGACACCCUGUACCAACUGGAGACUGACAAGUUUGAGUUUUCGGAGAAGCUGAAGCGCCAGAAAUACGACAUCACCAACCUCAGGAGCCGCAUUGACCAGGCCCAGAAGCACAGCAAGAAGGCCGGGGCCACGGCCAAGGGCAAAGUCGGCGGACGCUGGAAGUAGAGCAGCCAGAGGCCCUCCAAGGCAGAGACCGGGCGCUGGCGCAGCCCCCGUGGUGGCGUCUGGCCCCCAGGCCUGGGGGCGGGGGGCUCCUUCCCAAGCACCCCCACAUCUCUGUCCUCGCUGCCUCCCUACCCUGGGGUCUGUGAAUAAAGCCGUCAGACUCCCCUCCACCGGUGUGGACUGG